CGCAACACGGUGGGAGUUUGGGGGUGCUGGUGGACUGUGAGGUGGUGACAGACUUGUCCGGGGCCCUAGGCAUGUUGUGGCUGCUGCGGGGGCGGCACCUGGCCCUGACCAGGAAGCAGUGGCCAGCAGCAUUCCAGACAGGAACCAGAGGUUUUCACUUCACUGGUGAUGGGUACAAGAGAGCAUCUGCUAAAGUGUCAGAUUCUAUUUCUGCUCAGUAUCCGGUAGUUGAUCAUGAAUUUGAUGCAGUGGUAGUGGGUGCUGGAGGGGCAGGCUUGCGUGCUGCCUUCGGCCUUUCUGAGGCAGGGUUCAAUACAGCAUGUGUUACAAAGCUCUUUCCUACCAGGUCACACACCGUCGCAGCACAGGGAGGAAUCAAUGCUGCUCUGGGAAACAUGGAAGAGGACAACUGGAGGUGGCAUUUCUAUGACACCGUGAAGGGUUCUGACUGGCUGGGGGACCAAGAUGCCAUCCACUACAUGACGGAGCAGGCCCCUGCUGCUGUGGUUGAGCUAGAAAAUUAUGGUAUGCCCUUUAGCAGAACUCAAGAUGGGAGGAUUUAUCAGCGUGCAUUUGGUGGACAGAGCCUCAAAUUUGGAAAAGGCGGGCAGGCCCAUCGGUGCUGCUGUGUGGCUGAUCGGACUGGGCACUCACUGUUGCACACCUUGUAUGGAAGGUCUCUGCGAUAUGAUACCAGCUAUUUUGUAGAGUAUUUUGCCUUGGAUCUUCUGAUGGAAAAUGGGGAAUGUUGUGGUGUUAUUGCACUGUGCAUAGAGGAUGGGUCCAUACAUCGCAUAAGAGCAAAGAAUACUGUUGUUGCUACUGGAGGCUAUGGACGUACCUACUUCAGCUGCACAUCUGCCCAUACCAGCACCGGUGAUGGCACAGCCAUGAUCACCAGGGCAAGCCUUCCCUGCCAGGACUUAGAGUUCGUUCAGUUCCACCCCACAGGCAUAUAUGGUGCUGGUUGUCUCAUUACAGAAGGAUGCCGUGGAGAGGGAGGCAUUCUCAUUAACAGUCAGGGCGAGAGGUUUAUGGAGCGAUAUGCCCCUGUCGCGAAGGACUUGGCAUCUAGAGACGUUGUGUCUCGAUCAAUGACUCUGGAGAUCCGUGAAGGAAGAGGCUGUGGCCCUGAGAAGGAUCACGUCUACCUACAGUUGCACCACCUACCCCCUGCGCAGCUAGCCACACGCCUGCCUGGGAUUUCAGAGACAGCCAUGAUCUUCGCUGGUGUGGAUGUCACCAAGGAGCCAAUCCCUGUGCUGCCCACUGUGCACUACAACAUGGGUGGCAUUCCCACCAACUACAAGGGCCAGGUCCUGAAGCACGUGGACGGGCAAGAUCAGAUCGUGCCUGGCUUGUAUGCCUGUGGGGAGGCUGCCUGUGCCUCAGUGCAUGGCGCCAACAGGCUUGGGGCAAAUUCACUCUUGGACUUGGUCGUCUUUGGGCGAGCAUGUGCCCUGAGCAUUGAAGAAUCUUGCAGGCCUGGAGAUAAAGUUCCCCCAAUUAAAUCAAAUGCUGGAGAAGAAUCUGUCAUGAAUCUUGACAAAUUGAGAUUUGCUGAUGGAAGCAUCAGAACAUCGGAAUUACGACUCAGCAUGCAAAAGUCAAUGCAAAAUCAUGCUGCAGUAUUCCGUGUGGGAAGCGUGUUGCAAGAAGGCUGUGAGAAAAUCAGCCAGCUCUAUGGAGAUCUGAAGCACCUGAAGACAUUUGACAGGGGAAUGGUCUGGAACACAGAUCUGGUGGAGACCCUGGAGCUACAGAACCUGAUGCUGUGCGCACUGCAAACCAUCUAUGGAGCAGAGGCACGGAAAGAGUCACGAGGUGCUCAUGCCAGGGAAGAUUAUAAGGUGCGGAUUGACGAGUAUGAUUAUUCCAAGCCCAUCCAAGGACAGCAGAAGAAGCCCUUUGGGGAGCAUUGGAGGAAGCACACCCUUUCUUACGUUGAUGUGAGCACUGGCAAGGUCACUCUGGAAUAUAGACCUGUAAUUGACAAAACUUUGAAUGAAGCUGAUUGUGCCACUGUUCCACCGGCCAUUCGUUCCUAUUGAUGAGAGGAAAUUCAUUGAUCACGGAAUCUGCUUUUGUAAUUAUGUAUAAUAGCUUACACACAUGUUUAUGUCACAGCUACCUUUAUAAAAUGCUGCACUUGAGGGAAUAGUGAGUACAUUUGAAAAGCAGUUUUCAACCCAGCACCCAAGGAAUGCUGGAGUUAGCUUUAUCCCUUGCUGGCUUUCUUUUUUUUUGAGACAGUUUCACUCUGCCAUCCAAGUUGGUGUGCCAUGGUGUCAGCUUAGCUCACAGCAACCUCCAGCUCCUGGG